GUGCGGGCGCACACCCCCCGCCUGCGGGGCCUCUCCAAGGAGGAGGUGGCGAGGCUGAAGCAGCGCCGGCGGACGCUGAAGAACCGGGGUUAUGCCGCCAGCUGCCGGGUGAAGCGCGUCUGCCAGAAGGAAGAGCUGCAGAAGCAGAAGAUGGAGCUGGAGUGGGAAGUGGACAAGCUGGCCCGGGAGAAUGCCGCCAUGCGCCUGGAGCUCGACACCCUCCGCGGCAAGUACGAGGCCCUGCAGGGCUUUGCCCGCACUGUGGCUGCCCACGGGACCCCUGCCAAGGUGGCCACUGCCAGCGUCAUCACCAUUGUCAAGUCCGGUGCCAACCAGGCUGCCUAUUCCUAGUGUUGGCCUCUGUCCCCCGGCGGGGCACGGGCCCCCCGGGGCACCUUCCCCCAUGAAUCCCCUCCCGUACCCUCUCUGACCUCCUUCCCACCAGGACCUGUGCCUGAAAUCCUCCUUCUCCCAUCCCUUGACCUCCAGCUCCUCUGUGUAGGGAGAGCUGCUGCAGCAUGGGUGCUGGGGUGGAGGACAGGACCCCACCGGUGGCCCCCCACAACCUCCUCCCCUUUGACCCAGCCCUGUCCUCUGCUGCAGCCCCCCUGGCUGGGCACCCCUCACCCUGGGCGGUGCAGGCAGCAGUGGGGAAGCAUCCGAUGGCUCCAAGCUGGCAGGAAAACACCAGGUGCCUCUUUUUUGAGGGGAGGGCACAGGAGAGCUGAGUGUGGGCCAGACACUCCCAGGAGCAUGUGCCAGGGAGGGAAAUGGGGAGAGAGGUUUUGCAGCAAGGGGCAGAAGGGAUACAAUUGAGAGGGGGGGGUUGGCAUCAGCCCUGCAACUUGGACCAUGGCUGGAGCAGGGAGGGAGGUGGCAGCAUGGCUGGAGCCUCUGGGGAUGGAGAUGGCGAGGGAAGAUGGCAGGUCAGAGGGGGAGAGAAAGUGGCUGCAGGUUGGUGCCUGGUAAGGGUGAGCGGGAUGGGAAAGUGCCGUGGCAGCCUGUGGCUGGUGACGGUGACAGAGAAGGGACCCUCGAGCAGGGGAGAGCUGGGGGACGUGAGCAGGUCAGCCCAGGCUGUCGUACGCAAAGGGGAGAAGCAGUGGUGCUGUUUUCUCUCUCUCCAUCACGCACAUCCUUCACACCUCUUCCUGCCUAUGGGACACUCAGCCUGGCCGGCCGGGUGUCUCUGAAAGGCAGCGGCACUGGCAGGAAGGAAGCGGAGGCAGCUGUAGCAGAGAUAAACGCUGUUUUGCUCAGCACAGGCUGGCUUGUACAGACCCACCAAGCUCCCUGGCGCCCCACCACCUACAAAGCCCAUGGAAAGGUGCUCCUGGCCUCUGAGAGCCAGAGCUGUGGAGGCAGAGAGAGAGGUGGAGGUGCAGGAGGUGGGAAGCAGGGGUGGAGAGCAUCUCUGCUCCUGGGAGCCACCUGGCAGGCAGGUAGGCUCCUCCCUUUGUUUUUCCUCCAGCUUGGAUACUGGUGUGGGACAACCAGCUCUUCAGCAGGCUGAAAUGCUGGAGAAGAGUUGGGUUUGCUAAAUACAGGCAGCAAGGGGGAGGUAACAGGAGGCAGACCCUUGGCAUCGUCUGCUGUAGGUGAUCCCCCCCAUUUCUGCGCCUGCCUGGAUAUUGCCACGCCAGCCGCCCUCGGCUGCAGCCUCCAUCCCUCCCUGGAGAGAGGUGCCCGAUGCUCGUGGAGGGGGCACUGUGGUUAGCAUCCCCCCACCCCAACUCCUCUUGGGUUUAUUUAUUGCACGAACGUAAGUUAUUUUCACGUCCUCUUUGCCAUUCCGCCUCUCGGCACAGCCAGGAUGUUGGUACAGAGCUGUACUUUAUAUUUUAUAUAUGCAAAUCACAUUUUAUCUUAUACUUAUAUAGAGCAAAAAAAUACUUAUUUAUUUUCUGACUUACAGUAUGUGUCUUACCUGACUCCUCUGUAUUUUGUAGACUUUACAAAUAAAGCAAGUUCUUUUUUUUCCA